GACCCUGACCCGGGCUCUGCGCUGGCGGAUGUGGACAUGGUGCCCCUGCUGCUGCUGCUGGCCCUGCUGUGGGGGGGGUCCCUGCAGGAGGAGCGAGGGUUCGAGCUGCGCGUGCAGGAAUCAGUGACGGUGCAGGCGUGCGGGGGCGUCCACGUGCCCUGCUCCUUCUCCUACCCCUGGAGUUCAUGGUAUUCCCCUCCCCAACCCUACAUCUAUUGGUUCCGGGAAGGGGACAACGUAAACACUGAACCUGUGGCCACAAACAACCCAAACAGACGAGUGAAGCCAGAGACCCAGGGUCGAUUCCGCCUCCUCGGGGAUCCCAGAAACAACGACUGCUCCCUGAGCAUCAGAGACGCCAGGAUGAGUGACAAAGGGGUCUACUUCUUCCGAGUGGAGAGGGGACCUGAUGUGAAACACAGUUACAGAGAUAAGAGGCUGAAUUUGCAGGUGACAGCAGGGAAACCCAACAUCCACUUUCUGGAGCCUCUGGAGUCCGGCCGCCCCACAAACCUGACCUGCAGCCUGUCACUAGUCUGUGAAGUGAGACAGUUUCUCCUGUUCUCCUGGGCGGGGGAUGCCCUGAAUGGGAUGAACACAGAGGCCCUCCACUCCUCGGUGCUCACCCUCACCCCAAGGCCCCAGGACCAUGGCACCAACCUCACCUGUCGUGUGGAACUCCCAGGAGCUCAGGUGACCACGGAGAGAACCAUCCGACUCAAUGUCUCCUAUGCUCCAUGGAACCUCACCAUCAGCAUCUCCUUCAGAAAUGUCACAGCCCUCAAGAUUCUGCAAAACACCUCAUCCCUUCUCAUCUCGGAGGGUCAGGCUCUGCAGCUGCUCUGUGUUGCUGACAGCAACCCCCCUGCACAGCUGAGCUGGUUCCAGGGGUCGCCGGCCCUGAACCACACCCGCAUCUCCAACACUGGGAUCCUGGAUCUGCCAGGCUUAGGAGCUGCAGAAAGAGAAUUCACCUGCCGAGCUCAGAACUGUCUGGGCUCCCAAAAUACCUCUCUGAACCUCUCCGUGGUCUGGAAACCGACAUGCCUGACUGGAGUGGUUGCUGGGGCUCUUGGAGGCGCUGGUGGCAUGGCCCUGCUGUCACUGUGUUUGUGCCUUAUCUUCUUUUGCAUAGUGAAAGCCCACAGGAAGCAGGCAGCAAGAAGAACAGAGUAUGUGGACGAUGAAGACCCCGUCGCCUGGAAUUCCAAGCAAAAGCCCUGGCCAGACGGCCCCCGAGACCAGAUGUCGUCCCCUGCGGAGGAUGCCCUGCCCUCAGGGGAGAAGCAGGAGCCCCAUUACGCCUCCCUCAGCUUUCACGGGUCGAAGUCUUGGGAGCCUGCAGACCAGGAGGCCACCAGCACCAGCGAGUACUCAGAGAUCAAAACAAGCUAAUUGGAACUCGCCUAGAGCUCAGUCCUGGGUGGAGGAAUCACAGCCUGUGUGGAGGAAGAGGAGAAGUCAGGGACUAGUUAAUGAAGCCUUUGCAGUAAUAUUAGCAUUAACUACUGUAUGUGUCCCCAGGUAGAGCAGAAAGCAGGCAGGUGCUGGAAUUAGAGAGACUUGGGCUCAAAUGCAGGUUCCAGCACUUCCUAAGGCAUCAAUAGCUAGCAAUUCACUUCAUCUCUCUGUGUCUCAGUUUUCUGUUCUCUAAAUCGGAGAUCAUGUGUCCUACCUCAAAGCUGGGUGAUCAUUAAAGAUAGAGCACAU